CGGUAUUAUUUGUUAUCUUAUCAUCCUUCUCUUACCUCUACCUUUGUUAUGGUUGUUGUUGUGUGGGCCCAACCAGGCAGGGGCUCGAGCAGUGGAAUGUGGAGCAGGACAUACUGAAGAGAUUGAAGAGAUGAAGUUCUUAACGGAUUUACAUUUGAAGACGGCAGAGGAGCUUGGUGUGGACAGGAGCCUUGUGACAGGGUUGCUUGAGGAGCUUCAGCAAUUGCUGACGGGGAUUGCGUUGAUGAGGGAGAUGACACCCAGGACAAAGGAUUAUCUUGUAUCAUUUGGCGAGCGCAUGUCCACAAGGUUGUUUGCAGCCUAUCUUAAUAAGAAUGGUGUGAAAGCUUGCCAGGGUGCGAAAACAGGUGCCAUUACCACUUUGGGACGAGGAGGUAGUGACCUGACGGCCACGGCCAUAGGAAAGGCCCUCGGGCUGAAAGAAAUCCAGGUCUGGAAGGAUGUUGAUGGUGUUUUGACAGCUGAUCCGCACCUUGUCUCAAAGAAGGCUCUGCCUGUUCCCUACCUGACGUUUGAUGAAGCUGCAGAGCUGGCCUAUUUUGGUGCACAGGUCCUUCACCCACAGGCAAUGCGGCCCGCCCGAGAUGCCGACAUUCCAGUACGCGUGAAAAAUUCCUACAACCCAGCAGCAUCAGGCACACUCAUUAUGAGAGAGAGAGACAUGAGCAAGAACUUUGUUCGCCUCCAGAACCAAUGGGAAGAGGAGGGGGUUCCAGAGCCGGCUUUUGAGCCUACUGACCUGUGUCUGGCCGAACGACCUUCACAGGCACUGCUGACCAGCAUUGUUUUGAAGCCACAUGUAACAAUGCUGGAUAUUGUCAGCACUCGGAUGCUUGGACAAUUUGGUUUCCUCGCUAAGGUGUUCUCCAUAUUUGAAGACAUGGGGAUAUCGGUGGACUGUGUGGCCACAAGCGAAGUCAGUGUGUCGCUGACUUUAGAUCCUGCAAGAAUGUGGACUCGGGAACUCAUUCAACAGGAGCUUGACCGAGUGGUGGAACAACUGCGCAAGAUCGCAUUUGUCAAACUCUCACAGAAGAAGUCGAUCAUCAGUCUCAUUGGCAAUGUCGAGCGCUCCAGUUUGAUUCUUGAAAAGGUCUUCAGUGUGUUCCGCUCUUGCGGAAUUAAUGUGCAGAUGAUUUCUCAAGGUGCAUCCAAGGUUAACAUUUCGGUGAUUGUGGACGAUGAUGAGGCAGAGUUAUGUGUCAAGGCUUUGCACUGUGUCUUCUUCGAGCAGGAGCAUCUUGUCGAGAGGCUGAUCGCAGGCUAUGGAAAUGGCAACCUCGAACCAUGUUGCUAACCCCAGGAGUGGCACUGGAUUUCGACAUGUGGAGGCAUGCCACUCAGUUUUGAACGUUGAGUCGUUUUCUGUUUGUUUGGAUGCUGAUCAUUAAUAUUUCAGGUCAUUUAUUUUUCACUUUUCAUUGCGAACCUGGAGCAGCAGGCAUUGUUGAAAUUGGUAACGGAGAGGGCUCAUACACAGAGAGAGAGAGAGAGAGAGAGAGAGAGAGAGAGAGCACAAUCAAGAUGCCGAUUGGGAGUUAGUGAUGAAGAGGGAGGAGGUUGAGGAGGGGGGAAGCAGGGUGUGUGUGUGUGUGUGUGGAGAGAGAGAGAGAGAGAGAGAGAGAGAGAGAGAGAAUACCGAGGGUUGUGUAUAUACUGCUCCUGUCCUUUAUCUUGUCAUAGCCCAUCUUGCUCCAUCGUGUUCGUAAAUGUGCAAAUUCGCGAUUGUGCAUUGCUACUGCUGCCAGUGUUUGUGCAUGCGAGUUACUCGGCAGCAAUGCAAGAUGGCAUCGACAGUGGACUACCACACCACAGAUCAGGUUUUCAACCUGAGGGGAGGAACAGUCGCGUUCCCCGAUCAAUAUGCAAGGGCAGCUCAUGGAGCACAAUUUGUGAGUCGUUAUUAUGCCAUGAGGUCAGCCCAUGUGCAGGGGUUUUGCUUGGGUCGUACAUUUGAAGGGCUUAUUCAGCAGUCAGCCCAAGUGAUUCAUCCGAAGGGCGAAUUCGCUUUGUGCUACGGAUUCUUUAGCUCCGUGGCCCGUUUGGCAUUCUCAGUCUCCUUGCGCUAUUGGAUGCUUCCCUCCGCCAAUUUUGCUAGCUGUCUCGUACGUCAAAAGAGUGUGACUCCAGCAUGUAGCAGCAUGUAGCAGACAAGCCUGUAGUGGUACUGCAGAGGCCUAACAAAGCUCGGUGGCCAAUGAGCAGCGCUGCUCAGCAGCUCAUUGUGCAUUAGCCCUCUGUCCCAUUGGACGUGAACGGUUCGCCGGUUUCACCAAAUGCUGUAGUCCCAAAAUGGGAACCCAGCUGUCAGGUUGGACGAGAAUGCAGAUUGCGCUUCAGAGGCUUCACCGUCGGGGGGUAAAGGUUGUUUGACGUUUCCUUUCCAAUAGACCACAUUUGUUCCCCUGACUUUUAUCUUUGUUUGGGUUGUUCCUCUUUCGAUUCUCCUCGUCUCCCUUGUUCUCCUCCCGUGUCUGGAAAUUCAGACUAGUGCACAUCCAGGGUGUGUUCUUAUUGUGUAUGUGGCUGCCUCCCUUUUCUCAUGGGUAGUAACUUAUUGGAGAGCAGCACCGGUUUGUUGGGGGCAUGGAAAGAGACGCCCAUGGUGCCAGUGUCGCAAUGGUCCAGCCUUUUCUGAUACCUGACGUGUCAGGAUAGAAGCUGGCUGUUUCAUGUUCUGCCUGUUUUUGCGCUCAGACAGAAGAAGGCAACCGGAAAUUGGGUUCCGGCAAAUGUCGGUUUCAAUGGAGUGUUGGUUUGCAGUGCCUCUCCUGGAAAGUUCGGAGAUGUCGAGUGAGCAAUGAGAGCUUGACAAGUGUCACAUGUUGGGGAUUUCCUGCCUGAUCCCUCAUUUGUUCUGCAUCAGCCUACACCUAAGUUGCUAUUGGUUAAUCGGGUAAGUAAAGUGGCAGGAUGUCAUUUCAUUCGAGGCCUGGGUUGUGCAUGGGAGGAGGUCGAUGGAAAGGGCUGGAAGCUUGAAUGAGGCGCCAGUUGAGUGGGGGAGUAAAAGUGGCAGGAAUCCCGCAGGACGUCAUUUCAUCUCUCUUGAGCACGAAGUAGUUGAGUACGGACUCUACUAUUCUAUGAGCAUAAAGCCCCUGCAUAAGAAGAUUCAAGAUGAUAGAUUUUUGACUGUCACUCUUUGAGAUUGUCUGCUCUUGCACGCUGGCUUUCAGAGUAAACCUUGUCACGUUAUUUUGGCGAUUGCUGUGAAGUUUCAGCGAGCGUCAUCGAUUCUUUUUGGACAUGAUCUGAUGCAAGAUCUUUAAUGCAGGGCAAAAGUGUAAUCAAGCACGUAUGGUGGUAAGUGCCGAGGAACAGAUCCACUUAUUCCCCGUCAACUCUACGUAUCCGAUGCUACAGACCUUUAUACGCACUUCAUUUUGGUCCAUCGUUCUCUGCUUGGCUCUGCUUUGAGGUGAUUGCAGAAGAGAUUACUUUAUGUAAUAGUUAAUAGUAAUCUCUGCAUGGCUCGUUGGUUCCAAGUGUAGGGUGAGCUGGAGAUUGACAUGACAUUUCAGGAUGACAGGGCCGGCACAUAAGAAGAUGAUCAAAAUGAAGGGAACGCACAAGGUUGGUUGAUAAGCAAGGUAAAGGUUCGAUAUGGGAGAGACUUAUGUGCUUACAGACCAUGAGGGUUAAGGCAUAAUGGAGAGAACUUUGGAGGAGAGGGGCGUCAAGCAGCUGAUUCGUGUGUGGCGUGCUGUUUGCGCUCUGUGUAAAAGAUGGACAUUAAUUGAGACAAUACCGACGGGGGGAGAGGAAGGAAUAGAGGAUGGUGUAGGAAUCCUCAAAGCAGGUCAGUAAAGAUAAUACGGAUUUGUCGAAACAUCUGGGUUCCAUGAUGAUGCCAAAAAAAUGUUGUGUCAUUAAAUGAAAGGCGAUAUGCCUUUACGCCGAAGUUAACUGGAAAUGAAAGGCACUUUUGUUU